CUCACGCUCAUCCUUCAGUCGUCAGGUGAGGCUGAAAGCAGAGAUUCUACCAGGUAUUGCUACUUGAAUUGAAACUGAGCUCCCAGUGCUGUUAGUAAUGGCUGAGAAGACAGAAGGAAAGUCAUCUCCAUUUAGCCUGUCAUUCACCUCUCCCAAAUGUGAAUCUAACCUCCUGUCCUCACCCGAGAAAGGAAAGGCAAUAAUUGCACCUCCAACAUUUGUUAUAUCUCCAAGUGGAAAUGCCUGUCGUGGGUCAGAGGAAUCUCCAUGGAGGCAGCUGGACUGGUCUGCAGGAAGGACUCUGGUAGAAACCAUUCGCUCAUAUGAGCCGGCCCUUGGCUCAGUUCCUGCUGCUCGAGUUCUUCUGGUUGGUCCGGUCGGAGUUGGCAAGUCCAGUUUCAUCAACUCCAUUCAGUCCGUGUUCUAUGGACGCGUUGUGAACCGGGCCAUUGUGGGAACAUCUAUCAACUCAUCUGUCAGCUUCACCAAGCAGCUGCAGUCGUUUCAGCUGUUCAGCAGCAGGGAGCGAGAUGGAGAGAGGAUGGCUCUGGUCCUGUCUGACAUGGUGGGACUCGGGGAGAACAACAGCCUCACGCUUCACGACAUUCUGGCCGUCAUCAAGGGGCACGUUCCAGAGGGACACACGUUCAGUGCCUGCUGUCCUGUAGUGUCGGACACACCAGGCUAUGUGAAGGAGCCCUCCCUUGCAGAGAAGGUCCACUGUGUGGUCUUUGUGGUCAGCGCGGCAGAGAUCUCCUCCUACUCUGAAAACAUGAAGUCCACCUUCCACCAGCUCAGAGAGCACAUCAGCGCACUGGGUGUACAGCAGGUGGCACUGUUGACUCAUGUGGAUAAAGUCUGUGCCAAACCCAGUGAUGUCUCCCAGGUGUACAAUGGCUCACUUUUGAAACAAGAGAUGCUGAAGGCCGGUGCUCUGCUGGGCAUGCCCCUGUCCUCCAUGGUGCCGGUGAAGAACUACUCUGAGGAGCUGGAGCUGGAGCCACACACAGACACGCUGCUGCUCACAGCGCUGGAGCACGUGCUGCUGAGUGUUGACCUCUACCUCAGAGACCACCCAGACAGAGCCGCCAGUUCUGCCUCUGCAAGUUCGUAGAGGAACAAAAUAAAGCAUCUACAUUUUCUUACAGCUUCAU